AGUUCUUCACACUACUAUGUCUAAAGUCCCCGGUGAGAGAUAAGAUUAGUACACCCUGAAUUUGUGUCAUUUGUGGAGAUUUCCAAGGACCUGGAUUUUCCUCAUAGCUUUGCAGUUCAGCUAUCAAUCCCUUGUGUAUAGUGUGGACGAACACAAUUUCUUCACAAAGCAAAGACAUUCACUGGACAGAAAAGUGGGCAAGGAAUCUUGGCAAGUACACUUCAGUUGUGUUGAGAUCUCAACACUUCUUGAAGCAUUGGUUCAUUAUUCUCUUGGAAAAGAUGAAUGAGACGAAGGUGGACUGGGAAGUGAGACGCUAUGAAGUUGGUGAGGUGGAAGGGAUUCCUCUUACAAAGAUAAUUUGUGACAAGUGGGAUAAAAUCUGGGCUUUCCAAGCCAAGCCUGAUGACCUGCUCAUAUCAACCUAUGCAAAGGCAGGUACAACAUGGAUACAGGAAAUUGUAGAUAUGAUCCAACAUGAUGGAGACCUCGAGAAAUGCAAACGUGCUUCCACUUAUGAGCGACACCCUUUUAUUGAAUGGGUCUUCCAUGAAAAUUCACCUACUGGCCUGGAUCUAGCAGAAGCAAUGCCCUCACCAAGAACACUGAAAACUCAUCUUCCUGUACAGCUGGUGCCUCCAUCAUUUUGGGAGCAAAACUGUAAGAUAAUCUACGUGGCAAGAAAUGCUAAAGACAACGUAGUAUCUUACUAUCACUUCCACAGAAUGAAUCAAAUUAUGCCUGAGCCAGGGACAUGGGAAGAGUUUUUUGAAAAAUAUGUAACUGGAAAAGUGCUCUGGGGCUCCUGGUAUGAUCAUGUAAAAGGAUGGUGGGAUGCAAAAGAUAAUCACCGUAUUCUCUACCUUUUCUUUGAAGAUAUAAAAGAGAAUCCAAGGCGUGAAAUCCAAAAGGUGCUGCAGUUCCUGGGAAAGCAUCUGGAAAAGGAAGUUCUAGAUAAGAUCAUCCAUCACACACAAUUUGAGGUCAUGAGACGUAAUCCCAUGGCAAACUAUACAUUUUUGCCUCCAGAAAUACUGGAUCAUUCAAUCUCCCCAUUCAUGAGAAAAGGUGCUGCUGUGUUUAGUUUUAAUUGUUUUUCAGCAUUUGAUCUUCCCUUCUCAUCUAAUAUCUUCCAAAUAAGUAGUGUAGGAAAAGUAGGUUUUAAGCUCAGAAGUGAAACUGAAGAGCUCUUUCAAAUGGUAACCAAUUAUCUUGCUUUGGUUUUCCUUGCUCUAGGAACGGUUGGAGACUGGAAGAACUAUUUUACUGUGGCCCAAAAUGAGAGAUUUGAUGAAGAAUAUAAGCAGAAGAUGGCAGGAACUUCUUUGACUUUCCGCAUGGAGCUUUAAAGAGGAACAAUUGAUUCUUUGCAUCUUCUUGGCAUUUUUCCAUCAAUAAAAUUCUCAUUAAUUA